AUGCGUGCUGCGCUUCUCUCCAGCAUCCGGGAAAUCGCUCAGUCGCACCGCGACAUGGAGCAGGAGCUUGCGCAUGCCGUCAACGCCAGCUCCAAGGCCAUGGACCGUGUGUACGGCAAGCCCAGAGCGUACGCGUCCGAGGGGCUAAACUGCAGCUUUGUCUUGGAAAUGGUGACUAAUGUCAGAGCUCUGCGCAGCGAGACGGAGCUGCUGCUGGCGGGGAAGAUGGCCCUGCAGCAGUUGGACCCCCCGCAGAAGGAGCGGCUGGCGGCUGCCCUCGCCGAGAUGGACCGGCAGCUCAGGAAGCUGGCGGACACGCCCGGCCUCGGCCAGCCCACAGAGCCCGGCUACGAGGAGGUGCGUGUGCGGCCCGCCUCGGGACGGACGUGGCGCAGGCCUGAGACUUCCCCGGAAGGCUUUGAGUGGGGAGAGAGGAGCACGCAGGAAGGAGGGGGCCUCAACGGGGGAGAGAAGGUG